GAAGACCGCUCGGUGGUGAAAAGCCCGGACAGACAACUGCGCAGACAACAAGCCGCUCCGUUAUCCGCCACAUCUCGUCGGUAUUUUUGUUUUGAUGGGUUAAUCUGCGACCGAAGAACAGAAGCUGAAUAACAGAGACAAUCCGAACAGGGAAACUUGAAAUGGAAUGACACCUUUUCCCCCCUCGAGUGGACUUUUUGUCGUCGUCUUGUGAUCCCGGUGGCAUUAACCGCUUGUUUUGGCACAUUUGAUCCCGUCUGAUGUCCACCUGCUGCCGCCGGUUUGUGACCUGCAGACAGCCUCACCACGGAGCAUCAGAUUGACCAAGCUACUGCUGAGAUGGCCCGUGCAGAGACCAUCGAGAGUGUCGGGGAACCCGGGGGAGGAGGGAACACCUGCCGCAUGGGGCUGCCUCGGCCCAUCGAAGCCUGGCCCGGCCUGCUCACCACCACCACCAUCACCACCAGCUCUAGGACUGGCAUCGGUGCCAUCCACCAUAACCACCACAAUCUGCACCCAUUGCAGGCUCACUAUGUGUCAUACUCUCCGCCUUACCCCCACCCAGAGGGGCAGGACGAGCCCCAGACUCACCAGCAGUUAUCUGCGUUAUCGCCAUCACCAGCGCCUCCUCCUUCGCCACUCUGCAAUCGGAGGGGCAGAGGCGCAGUUGCACCUAGUGCCUUCUCAGGACAGCAGUCAGACUCAGCCAGAGAGGAGCCCUUACCUGACUUGCUGCCCCAGAAUGAGCCCCCAUCCUGGGCUUCACCCCAUCACAGACCCCCCAGGGCAGAGGCAGUGCAGGAGCUGGAGGUCAGGAGAGUGGCCGACCAGCUGAGGGCCAUUGGAGAUGAAUUUAAUGCCACAGUCCUCCACAGAGCGCAUGCUGCCCCUCACUGGCAGGACUGGAGAGAGGCCUGCCGAGGACUUUUCAACUUCAUCACCCAGACUGUCAGCACUCUCUACAGGCUCACGUAGAGGGAGGCACCUCUCACCUCCAACCACCGGUUAUCAUUUUUACAUUCAGGACUUGAAAACGGAACAAUCCUGAACCUGCAGGAUAAACGUGCCCUGAAAUCAAACAUUUGCUUGAACAGAAAGAAUUUGUAAGGAUGAGAUCAGCAGCUGGAGGUGUCGGUGCCACCUGUGGGCUGGAUCAGGGUGCUACCUGUGGAAACUGGACCCUGCCUGUCUGUCUGUCUGACAGUCCGUCUGUCAGUCAGUCUGCUGGUACAGACUGGAUCUGACGGACCGACUGCCGCUUUCCUAUCUGUAUAUUUUGUAAAAUCCACUUGCUUUCACUGUCUUUGUCAUCGUCUCGGGGGUCAGCUCUUUAUGUAGCAGGCGUGACUCAAGUGUGUGUAUGUGUGUAUGCGCGUGGCAGACCUUGGUCAAAUGGAAAGGUUGUGUACACUGAGAUGUCAUUGCAGAGACGUUUAUAUUCAUUUUGGAAAAUACAGAUAUUUCAAAAUUGGCCUGUCAGUAGUACAGAUGAGUCUGUUUGGAAGUGAAGGUCUUCAUUAUCUUUUGGAGUAGAUGCUAUACAUCAGUUCAUCCCUUUGUAAAAUCUUCUUCUGUGGAAACUUUAUCCUUCAGACACCCUCUGAUAACCUAAUUUAGAGGAUCACACACAUGAUUUGAACAUGGUCUGAUGUGCACGUAUUACUGUUGUGUCUUUAUUUUGCCCCCAUUCUUAAAAACUGUGAAACUGGACUCCGUGUUUGCAUCGCAGGGAAAAGUCGGGUGUUAUUCCUUUAUGCCACAGAGUGAACCUCUCUCCCAAUCUGAAACUGCUUAAUUUCAUCAUAUGACGUGCCUUUCUGCUCAGCGCUCUGUUGAGGCCUAAUCUUUAACAUCAGGACAAUCAGCCACACACACACACAUUCAAAUAAAUAUACACACACUCUCUUCAAGUGCUUUGUUUUCAGUCUCAAAACUCAAGUGUCAUUUGCAUCACAUUCAAUAGUUUAGCGACAGCCUGGUUUGAGGUCAUUUAAGGACAGAAACAGCUUAAUCCCCGGCAAGCACACACACAUUUUGCCAUUCCACCGUUCAUACAGCCAGUGUUGGGAGCUGGAAGGUCUCACCCGUCUGUGUCGACAAUGUUUAUAGUUACUUGAUCGUUUGUAAAUAUUUUUUUGGAAGAUGAAUUUCAUAUGAACGUUUUGGUGGACUUGUAAAGUACCCAUCAAAGCCAGAGUUCACUGUGUUUGGGAGAUCUUGUUUGUAUUUCUGAGCAGAGUUUGAAUUUAAAUCCAGUGGAUUUGAGAUGGGAUUCCAUGAGUUAAAGAAAAAUAUAUGAUUUGGAUAUUUUGAUUGUUGAAAAGUAUUUGAUGAUGUUUGUAAAAAAAAAAAAAAAUGACCCCUUCAGUUGUGCGAUUAUUUUCAUUGUAGUUUGGGAGACAAUGUUAAUUGCUCGUAUUAAGGGCAUAAUUUAUUUUGGAAUGUAGCCUAUCUGUAGCUUGUUUUUUUUUUGGUUCCUUGAAAAUUUCUGAUUUUGUUUUUUAUGUAUUAUGUACUAUUUAUUUUUUUCCAACGUUCCUGAUCAAAACUACAAAUUAAGUUGUACUUGUUGUGGUAACUGUUAAAACAGAGAUUGAAUAAGAUGGAAGCAAAAUCUGUCAAAAUACACACUGAAAGUGGAGACAUCACUUUAAAAAGCAGAAAAAAAUAAAUUUCUUGGUAUCAUCUUUAUGAUAAAAAAAACUGGCUCAAUGGUUUAAAACGGUACUAUGCUUUAAAGCAAUGGUCUUAAUAUUAACAAUUUACUGAUAUAUUUAUUAUAUAUCACCUUCUGUUAUUUUUGUGUUUGACACAUAAAGCAAAACAAAAUGUAAGUGUCUUAACAGAAUGACGCAGACCUCUCCAGAAACUGAAAGUGAUGUUUUGGCUUUCAGUGUGUAUAUCAGAUGAAAUGGACAAGUACCAAAAUUCUUCCUUUAUACUCUUUAUAGCACAAAGAAGACGACAUAAGAGCAUCACAGACUGUUAGCAAUACUCAGAGUUUUUGUUAAACGGCUCAAACUGACUAAACUGAAAAACCCCUUUCACUGAAAAUCAGCUGGUUCUUUCUAAUUUUCAAUGUAAAUUUAAUUCCAAAACUCAUUGUCUGUGUGAUUUUGGACAGUGCAAGUGCGACUGGUGCUACACAUGCUAAAAACAUACAUUUAUGUACUGUAACAUACUUUUAAUUUAAGUGAAUUUCAACUUUCAUUUCAGGAAGCAUUCGACUUAAAUGUUGGCCCUUAUUGACCUGUCACACAAAAUGCCUCUAAGAUGUGGUUGGCUGUGGUGAAUAUGUUUCAUCAGGAUUUGCCAUACACAUUAUUCCACUCUGACUGGGCCUCAGCUAAACAGCUUUGGAUGUUUUUAGCACAGGGCCUUGUUUUUUUAACAUUUCUGAAAGCCUUGGUGUAUAAAGUCAUACCACAGCCUGCAGAUGUUCAGCUAGCAUUGGGGCUAAACUGAGAACAAACUAUGCUAGCAUGGUAGACGCUCGUUUACUGCUUGUAAAUUCAUAUUUUCAGAUCAGCCCUACAAACGGGUUUAAAGAAAGUCUAAAAUCUGAAGGUGACAGCUAACCUGGCACUAUGUGCACGUGCAGUUGCUCACUCUCUGGUUGUUUUUCUUGUGAGAGUGCACUUCUUGGUUCAGGACUGGCCUCCCUGCUACGACGCUCUGUCAUCACAUGCAGUGUGUAUUUGCUGUUUUUCGACUUUUUUCUAUUGUGAACUUUCUACUGGAAUUUUUGUACUUUUUUCUUUUUUUAUACAAUAAAGAUAAGGAGAACUAUA